UUAGCUGAUUAGCAGAAGUUCCUUUGUGACGCUGAAGUAUGUUUACUUCAGCAAAGUGAAGACAAGGGGUCAGGAAAUUCCUCUGAUAUUGUAAAGUUACUUAUUUAUUUUGACUAGAUACAAUAAAACUUUCAAACGUUAGGUUUAAGUUGGUGCAACAUGGUAACUCUACAGUGUCUGAGUGAAUGCGCUUUGUAGCCAGAUUGCUGAGAACAAAUGGAUACUUGUCAGAAGACCAACUGAAACAGUUCACCCAUUCCUUGGAGGAAGCUUUAGGAGUUAUGAUGUUGUGAAAAAAAGACCAGGACGUGCAUCUUUCAAUACACGCCCCACCAGCCCUGUCGAGGUAGUUCGUGGUGUCAGUACUACAUAGCCUACAUUAAUAAACUCGAAAGCGGCCGAACCAGCCAGAGGGAGUUGCUGGAGUGCCAUGUGGCAAUAAAAAAAAACACCCAGGAGCAUUACCAACACCACUGGUUCCCACAGGCUCCGUGCAAAGGUUCGGGAUACAGAUGUCUCGGAGUCAACCACAAAAUCGACCCCUUGAUUGGCAAAGCUGCUUACACUAUUGGACUCACACGGGAACAGCUCUUCUCUCUGCUGCCCAGUGAACUGACAAUGUGGGUCGAUCCGUGCGAGGUGUCCUAUCGAAUAGGAGAGGAUGGCUCCAUCUGCAUCCUCUACGAGUCCACCCAACCAGUGCAAACUAAUGCUGACACAACAGACAUGAUCAGCUGCGAGGAAGAGCUGAGAUUUGGGAGGUCAGGUCCAUCCAAGUCGUUCAGCAUGAUGUCUCAGGCUAAUGUUCAUUUCAUGUUAGUAGCAUUCCCCAGGCAUUUCUGCCCCAUGCAAUUUAUUAGGACAUUAAAUAUUUAUUUUUACUGGCUUAAUGCAAUUUGUUUAAUCUACAAUUUUCCAUGAUAUGUAAAAUGAUUUACUGCCUUGAAAGUUUUAAAGAUUUAUAUUACAAAUUGUUAUGUAUCUUAUGUAUUUCUAGUAAUUCUGCAUGAGCAACUAUUUCGCCAUGGUUUCACUAUUAGCAAUGGUCUUUUGGUGAGCAGAAUCAUGGAUUCCACAAAGCAUGAAAAUAGGAAGCAUUGCCACAGGAAAACAAGAGGCAUGAUCUUCCUGGAAAUGUUCUCCUGUUUUAGUACCCAUACUGAAUAUGACCGUGUUGCUGGUAUUUGUGUAUUUCUAAAUAGAAGGGUACAUUUGUUUGCUCUUGGUGUAAGAUCACACAGCAGUUAGAGAGUAGUAGGAUGUCCAGGUUAUUCUGAAGUGCAACUGACUGACCUGGAGCAUUAGCUGACUGAAUAAAAGAUACAAGCUGUGGGGUUGGGGGUAAAAAUUUGGAAGUCAUGUUUAAUAUCACCCAAAGGCACUCUGAUAACAAAGACUUAAUGACAGGAAAAAGCACCCCAUUGGCAGGUUUAUUAGCACAACAAAACUUUGGGUUUUGUAAAGAGAGGAACUGAUAGAAAAAAGAGCUGUUGGCCAGGAUAAAAAACAGCACACUGAGGAAUUUGGAAUCUUGGAAAGUAAAUAUUUUGGUUCUCAUCAACAAAUCUAUGAUAAACAGCUGGUUGCAAUUGUAGAAUAUUUUUUUAGGGGAAAACAUUUUACAUUUCAUACCAUCACAGAUUACUGGCCCAUUACCUUGGUUUUGAAUUUCCAAAUACAAUUCCUUAAUAUUAUGAACAAUAUUCAGAAAGGAUAUGUUUUUUUUUUGUCUGAGACAAAUCAUUGGUGAUAAUAUGCAUGAGAUGAACAACACAUAUUUUUGUCCACAAAUUGAAGUAUGCAGUAUCUUUUUAAAAUUGGGAUUGUGCAUACAUCUACUAUUUCAUAUUUUAGCAAAACCAUCAUAAAGUACUUUAUAAGGAAUGUCCAGAGGAUCAAAUCACCUUCAAAUAUGUUAGUGAGAAUGUUUUCUGAAAGUGUUAUUUUUUUCAACUUUGUAUUAAGGCAAAAGAGAAAUUGUUCUAGUGCAAAGAUUUACACAAGACCUUGUUAUGAAGUUGUCUUAAUAUUGGAUGCUUACAAGCCAUACUAUUUUCCUUACAUAACCAAGUUGGAGCAAAUCUGUCGGUGGACACCUGCAGAGGCUGAAAACAUUAUGGGGAGGGAGGUGCAGAUUGCAAUUGCUGACUUGUAAAACAGACGUCUACUCCAUUUGAUGAUUAAGGGAAACAUGUUUGGUGGUGUCAGGGAGAAGAAUACAUUCCCUUCAUUGCUUACCUUGGCACUGGAUUUUUAUAAUCACUUCAUGUUAAAGUAUUCUGUCCAAAAUUCCAGUAAUCAAAUCCCAGUGCUUUUUACUUCCAAGUUUCUUUUUUUCUCCACUCUGUCCACACCAGACAAAUAAUUGUUACUUUUAAAAGCCAGCCCUUUUUCAUGAUUUUCCUCAGAAACAUUUUCUCAAUAUACAGGUUAUUCAUUCUGUCCAACCAAGAGGGACAAGUGGCUCCUUUCCAACACACUGGUUGAUGUCAUAAGGAUCCAAUAAGGAUGUGUUAAAAAGGUAUACAUAGUACAGCAUGUGAUAUGCAUUUCACACUUUAUUGCAUGUAGGUUCAUCACAAUAUUCUAUCAUUCUACUAAUGACAUUUCAUGUCUUCAAUAUUUACAAUAAAAAAAAAUCUUAAAACCAUUAUAUUUCUAAUUUCAUGAGCCAGUGCUGCAAGGUCUGAAAUUACAUGCAUCCACAGCCUGCAGUCAAAUUAUUUUCUACAACAUAUCGAUUGCCAAACACUGUCAAAGCAAAAUACUUGAGAAGGCUACUUUGACAGCAAACAUUGGGUUAAAGUUUGUUUCAUAUUCAUACUCCACUGGCAGCUCUUUAAAACUGGAUGGAAAAUUCUACUCCUGCUCUCUCAAAUCUCAGCCCACUACUCAGCACGAGCCUCUCUUCAGCACUGCUCUGUUCUCAUCCCAGCUUUUUAAACAAUAAUGGACAUGAGGACCUUGUUUUUCACCAUAAUUCUGGUACCAUGGAUGCUCUCAUCUGCAGCAAGAAGUGGAUACAUGGAAGCAGUAAAACCUAAGAAAGAGGUUGUGACAAUGCUAGACUAUGACAAUGUUGGGGACUCCGAAACAAGCCACGCUGCAGCACCAAACAGUGAGGGCGAACUGCCCACGUGCCUGCUGUGUGUGUGUCUCACUGGGUCAGUGUAUUGUGAGGAGGUCUCUCCUGAGAUGACAGCUGUUCCAUCCCUGCCCAAGGAAACUGCCUAUCUCUAUGCACGCUACAACAAAAUCAGAAAAAUCACCAACAAAGACUUUGCAGACAUUGCAACUCUGAGAAGAAUUGAUCUGACUGGGAACCACAUCUCUGAGAUAGAAGAUGGAGCUUUCUCAAAGCUCAUCCUCCUUGAAGACCUCAAUCUCUCAGAGAAUCAACUGGUCAAACUACCCACAUUACCUGUCAAACUUGUGUCCUUAAAUGUCAAUCACAACCGACUUAAAACCAAGGGCGUAAAAUCAAACGCUUUUAAGAAACUCACUAAGUUGGCAUACCUCUACCUUGGAGAUAAUGAGCUGGAGGCGAUCCCACAACUUCCAGAGAGUCUUCGCAUUGUGCACCUAAACAAAAAUAAGAUCACUACGAUAUCAGAUGAGACCUUCUGUCAAGGCAACAACACCCAGUACAUAAGAACCAACAUAGAGGAGAUUAGACUGGACAACAACCCUGUGAUUUUGGCUAAUCAUCCCAACAGCUUUGUCUGCCUCCGGUCCCUGCCCAUUGGACAGUACCACUGAAUCACAACGCCACAGACGGGGUUCUCUUGUGGCAAGGGCCAGCUAAUGUAAAGCAUGAGUCAAAAGACCACAUUGCAGAAGUGGCAUGUAAUCUGAGCCAUAGCGUAAGAGCAGAAACAUGCAAUAACAUUUGUUUUAUAAGAUACAACUGAAUGAUUCCCUUGGGUCAUCUUGCGAAGUUCACAAUUAGUUGAAAUGGUGUACGCUUAGGUAAGGCACAAGUGAAAACAAGUUACACAACAUAACUAUAUGCUCAAUAAUCUUGAUUGUUUUUCUGUCUCUGUUUUAUACUUCCAACAGCAUGUCUGGAUACUGCUUCAAUUGCAUUCAUCUACUUUUUUUAUUAAAUCAUUGCUAGUAAAUGUACAUAGUAGUGGAACUACAAUUUGCACACAUUUGAUAUUGUUAACCCAUAUUUGUAUUGGUUUAAAAAGACAUUUGCCAUACUGUUUACAUGUAUCAGAAUAAAUAAAAUUCUAACUACACUGCAAUGUA